AUGAACUUGCUCGUGGGCGGCGCCCUUGCGCCAGUGCACACGAUCCCGCCACCACGACCACAGCAGAAAGCCGGACCCGGUCUUCGACUUCCGUCCUUCGAGGCCCUCGGAAUCGCGGCACCGCAUCCAGAUCGGUAUGGCCAUCAGUUACUGGACAGUGCCCUGGACGCGACGCAUCCAGGGGUGGACAUGGUUGGGAUGGUGGAGAGCAUGUCGCACGCUGACAGUGAGCUUCUUGACGCGUGUCGUGAUCUUCAACUCAGCCUAGUGCACGAUAUUGGGAUCCUCGAGCCGCCAAAGUUGGGUGGACGAGCUGUGCAGAGUCCGGUCCACCAAUUCAUCUCCACCCUAACCCCGCCAGCAGAGACAGGCGAGUUGACAUGGUCUAACAUGCCGGCAAUGACAAGCAUCCCAAUGGAGUCGCCAUCCACCGAUCCCGGCAAUCUUGCUGGAACACCUGGAGACGCGCCGACUGCAGGCCCAGCUCUCGAGGGCAGCGCGGCACCUGGCAUCGCGCUACAGCCACCGGACGUCUCUGAUACUGCUCCUUGGGUCGUAGACGCUGUGCAAGUUCUAGUCCAGAACCUCCGACACGCGUCGUUGUCCAGCAAUCCGCUUCGAGUCCUUUCGCAUGCCCUCCCCAGUCCGUCCGCCACUGGCCAUAUAUUUCCAGAGGUCAUUAGUGCCAUCCACAACUCCACGCCAUCCUCGCCAACAGUGUGGGUUAAUGUCUUCCACGCGAUACCAGGCCGGUUCAAUUUAGCAGACCUACCAACUUCUCCGCCGAGCACACCUGGCCCUCCAAUUGGGGGUGACGACUACUUUACACAGAAAGUAUUCGACAGCGCCGUACCGAUUUCCGACUACCAGCAAGACCUCUCAUCUCUGCCACGCUCACCACGACCAGUCGUUCCACCCUCGUCCAUUGACGUGUCCGUUGUCGAGCGCUACAUUCCGCCAUCAACCCUGUUCGAGUUUACGGAUAUGUUCAACACUCAAGGACCAUCAAUACUAGUAGACAGACUCGUCGAGCUCUCGCCGCAUAGCGGUAGUCUCCUCUUCGUGUAUCCGACACGAACAGGAGCACGGACGUUUCUGGAUCAGUACCUAUCGCCUAUCAUUGAUCCGCUGCUUCGCUCAAUAUGUGUGCUUCAUGGCCUAUCUUCUGACCUUAGCAGACAACUGGGCAGCAUGCCGGCUGUUGACCGUCUACUCGAACACACCGACGUCGAGCGGCAAGUUCGAAGACUCUGCGACACGCUCACGCAACGCAGUACCAGCAUGCAGCGCUUCCAUGGCCGUCGUGCCAAAUUCGAGCUCCAGUAUUCCGCCAAGAAAGAGGUUCCAGUGAGCAGAGAAACCUGGGCUCGAGAUUGGUGGACAAAGCAGGAGAAGUCAAGAGUCCGUGAGGUGGUGACGCAAUAUGCCCAGCAGGCACAAACGCGCAGUAGCAAUGAGCAUGUCGAACGCCCUGCAACCCCGACCGAGCUCAUUCAGCGCUUGCUAGAUGGAGUCACCAAGAACCCGUACAAGCCGGGCCAGACGCCUACGAAGGGCAUCGAAGUCAGCAUUCUCGUCAUCAAGCGUUCUGAGUAA